UCUCUCUGUAUAUAUAUAUGGGAAUGAGUUGAAGAUGCAAAAGCGAGGAGGUGGAGUUGAUGAGGAAGAGCUGAACCGAAUCGAAUUUCGAUGGCGAACAGAAGUGCAGAGGAGAUACCGGCGAACGACAAGCAGGGUCGGGCUCGGCCUCAUCCUGAUGCGUUUCACGUGUCUGGACCUCGCCAUCUCUCUUGUCCCAACUGGAGACACCUCAUCAGCUCCGCUUGGAAGGAUGGGAACUAUAAAAGAACUGUCAUGGCCUGCUUCAUACAGUCAGUGUACCUCCUGGAAUUGGAUAGACAAGAGAACCGGUCAGAAGAAAACGCUCUAGCUCCAAAUUGGUGGUUGCCAUUCAAAUUCAAGCUAGUUCAAACCCUUAUCGAUGAGCGGGAUGGAUCCAUUUUCGGGGCACUACUAGAAUGGGACACAUCUGCAGCGGUAGCCGAUUUUAUACUCCUUAGACCGAGCGGAGUGCCAAAAGCAGUUCUGGCACUCAGGGGGACAUUACUCAAGAGCCCUACAAUUUGUAGGGACAUUGAGGAUGACCUCCGGUUCCUAGCUUUGGAAAGCUUGAAAGGUUCUGUAAGGUAUACAAUAGCACUGGAGACGUUAAAAUCAGUCGCCCAAAAGUACGGAAGCAGAAAUGUUUGUGUCGCAGGGCAUUCUGUAGGAGCGGGUUUCGCUCUUCAGGUGGGGAAAGCAUUGGCUAAAGAGGGCAUUUAUGUGGAUGCGCAUUUAUUCAACCCUCCUUCUCUUUCGCUGGCUAUGAGCCUAAGGAAUAUCGGAGAGAAAGCUGGGGACGCCUGGAAGAAGUGCAGAUCUAUGUUUUCUUCAAACGAAAACAAGGCAAUUGGUGCUGCAGAAGAGAGGAAUCCUGUUUUAGGCUUGAACAAUUGGGUUUCAUACUUUUAUGGGAACAAGAAUUCUAGCACAGGGAUGCAAAAAUGGGUACCUCACCUGUAUGUGAACAAUAGCGACUACAUUUGCUGCUAUUAUACUGAUCCCAAUAAGGAUGCCACGAAAGAAGAUCUGGGACCUGAGAAUGGUCAUGUAGCAGCGAAGCUGUUUGUGAUGUCCAAGGGAAAACAAAAGUUCCUUGAAGCCCAUGGACUAGAGCAGUGGUGGUCCAAUGAUUUGGUUCUUCAGCUGUCUCUGCAUAAUAGCAAGCUCAUAAGCAGACAGUUGAGGAACUUAUACCACCUUCCAGCAGCGCAAAAUCCACAGAGGAAGCCUCAAUAGCAUAUAUAAGCAGGUUGCCUUCUCUUUGUCGAUAACUCAAUCGCUAGGGGCACCUGUUGUGCUACGACUGUGAUUGAUGCCUCUAUGCUUCAAGAAUUGUUCAAAAUAAUCCUAAUGUCGACACUUUAUAUCUUCUAUUCCAAUUAUGCAAUUGUCUAUCAUCUCAACUUUUGCCGGAGUC